UGGACUACAGUACACACGUGAGAAGUGGAGGAGACAGGCAGAGUGGAAGCAGAGCAGAGCACAGCGGAUUUGUGUGCAGUGUGUUUUUUGCUGCAGUGGACAGGAUGGACGGGAAGGUGAAGGAGCAGAAGCGACAUCAGGCCAAACACAGUGGACCGAAGGCACAGAAGAAGCUUAAGAAGCAGGGAGGCUCAACAGAGGAGGAUGAAUGCAAACGAAACCCCAAAGCAUUUGCAGUUCAGUCUGCUGUCCGCAUGGCCAAGACCUUCCACAGGGCCCAGGACAUAAAGACCAAGAAACAUCACAUCCCCCUUGUGGACCGAACUCCCCUUGAACCUCCUCCAGUCGUGAUUGUGGUUGUUGGCCCCCCCAAGGUGGGAAAAAGCACCCUUAUCCGCUGCCUGAUCAAAAACUUCACCCGGCAGAAGAUGGGGGACAUAUGUGGACCUGUGACCAUUGUCUCUGGAAAGAAGCGGCGCCUUACUUUCAUGGAGUGUAACAAUGACAUAAACACUAUGAUUGACCUUGCUAAAGUAGCUGACUUGGUUUUGAUGCUGAUCGAUGCCAGCUUUGGCUUUGAGAUGGAGACUUUUGAGUUCCUCAACAUCUGUCAGGUACACGGCUUUCCUCGUAUCAUGGGUGUGCUGACUCAUUUGGAUUCAUUCAAGAACAACAAGACACUGAGGAAGACAAAGAAAAACCUCAAACAUCGCUUCUGGACAGAGGUCUACCAGGGAGCCAAGCUGUUCUAUCUGUCUGGUAUGGUGUAUGGUGAAUAUCAGACUCAGGAAGUGAAGAACCUGGGCCGUUUCAUUUCUGUCAUGAAGUUCCGUCCUCUGGUGUGGCAGACCUCCCAUCCCUAUGUGUUGGUCGACCGUAUGGAGGACCUGACUGACCCAGAGAGGGUGAGAACAGACCCAAAGUGUGACCGGACUGUGUCACUCUAUGGUUACCUGAGAGGGACACAUUUGAAAAACAAAGGCCAGGUCCAUGUCCCAGGUGUAGGAGACUUUCAGGUGUCAGAUGUGAACUUCCUACCCGACCCGUGUCCUCUGCCAGAUGCUCAGAAGAAGAGAGCACUGAAUGAGAAAGAACGUCUGCUCUACGCACCCAUGGCUGGAGUUGGGGGGGUUGUGUAUGACAAAGAUGCUGUGUAUAUCGAUCUUCCUGCCAACCAUGUAAAUCAGCAACAGGAGGAGGUGCGACCCACCACAGAGCUGGUCCAGUCUCUUAUUGACACACAUGCCACCUUGGAUGCAAAGAUGGCUGCCAGUAAAGUUUCUUUGUUCAGUGGCUCUGUCACCCUGGACCCGACUGACAUUGAGCAGCAGAGUGGAGAAAAGGAGGGUCCUCAUGAGAAGCAGGUCUGGGAUCCUAACACUCAGAGAGAGAGGAGGGCGGUGGUCUUCACUGAGGAGGAGGAAGAGGAAGAUGCUGUCACUGGUUCCAGUGAUGAAGAGGAUGACAACAGUGAGGACAGUGAGCAGGAGAAGGAAGCGGACGAAGAAGAUGAUAACCUUUCUACAUUUCUCAAAGAUGCAAGGGCCAGAUCUGAAAGGACAGAAAAAACUGCCCCACCAGUGAAGAGACAGAGGGUAGAGGAGGAAAUGCUGGUGUUCGCUGACAGUGAAGAUGACCUGGAGAUGAGUGAGGAGGAGAGUGAAGAGAAGGGGCAGUCUGGGAGAGCAGGAGACUCUGGACACUGUUCUGAGGAGGAUGAAGAAGAGACUGAAGAUGAAGAAGAGGAAGAUGAUGAUCAAGAGUCAGAUGAUGAAUCAGUGGAAGAGGAGGGUGCUGCACUGAUGGAACAAACAGCAAGUGAGAGUGAGGAGGAGGGAGAGAAGGGGACUCUGAAGUGGAAGGAGGGUCUGCAGCAGAAAGCGUCAGAGGCAUUUCUACGGCACCAAGAAGCUGCCCCCAAUCUGAGAAAAUUGGUUUAUGGUUCAGUUGUAGAGGCAGAUGACUCUGAAGAAGAUAAAGAGGAGUUGGGGGGCCUGUUUCGAGUCAGUCGCCCUCAAAAGAGCAAAAAGUUCAAGGCAAAUGCUGUGGACUGUUCCCGCUUCAUCCCUGACACCUCCCACAACUGGGACUUGGAGGAGAUGUUAAACUCCAUCAGGGACUGCUUUGUAACAGGGAAGUGGGAGGAAAGCCAAGAUGCAGCCACACUACUGAAAGAAGACGAGGAGCUGUACGGUGACUUUGAGGAUUUGGAAACAGGAGAAGUCCACAAGGGACAAACUGGGCUGCAGGAUCAGGCUGAGAAUAGUGAGAAGGAUGAUGAUAACGAUGAUGAAGCUGAGGAGAGUCUGGUGAAGGUGGAUGAUGAGGAGGUCCAGAAGAACAAGCGUCUGGAUAAGAAACGCAGACUAAAGGAGAGAUUUGAUGCAGAAUAUGAUGACGGAGAUGCUACGUACUUUGAUGACCUGAAGGAGGAGAUGCAGAAACAGGCUGAGCUGAACAGGGCAGAGUUUGAGGAUGUGGACGAUGAGACCAGAGUGCAGUAUGAAGGCUUCCGUCCAGGAAUGUAUGUCAGAUUAGAAAUCUCCUCUAUCCCCUGUGAAUUUGUCAUCAACUUUGAUCCCCAUUACCCAGUCAUCCUUGGCGGUCUGGGCUCCAGUGAAGGCAACAUAGGAUACCUGCAGAUGCGACUUAAGAAACACCGCUGGUACGAGCGCAUCCUGAAAACACGGGACCCCCUCAUCCUGUCCUUAGGCUGGAGGCGCUUCCAGACCAUCCCUCUCUAUCACAUCGAGGAUCACAACGGACGCCACCGCCUGCUCAAAUACACUCCACAGCACAUGCACUGUGGAGCCUCCAUCUGGGGUCCCAUCACACCACAGGGCACUGGUUUCCUGGCUGUUCAGUCAGUAGCAGGAACUAAAGCUAAUUUCCGUAUUGCAGCCACAGGAGUGGUCCUGGAUCUGGAUAAAUCAGUGACUGUAGUGAAGAAACUCAAACUCAUCGGUUAUCCCUACAAGAUCUUCAAGAACACAUGCUUCAUUAAGGGCAUGUUCAACACAGUGCUAGAGGUGGCGAAAUUUGAAGGUGCUUCUGUGCGAACAGUGUCAGGGGUCAGAGGUCAGAUCAAGAAGGCGUUGUCUACACCACCAGGAGCUUACAGAGCCACGUUUGAGGACCGCCUGCUUAUGAGUGACAUUGUGUUCCUGCGUUCCUGGUAUCCAGUGUCCGUUCCUCAGCUCUACAACCCUGUCACCUCUCUGUUGCUGCCUGUUGGUCAGAAGGACAACUGGGCAGGCAUGAGGACCAUGGGGCAGCUCAAACAUGAUCUGGGCAUCCGUAACAAACCCAACGCUGACUCUCUGUACAAGCCGAUAGUCCGAGGCCAAAGGCAUUUCAACCCCCUCCACAUUCCGAAGGAGCUCCAGAAGUCCCUGCCCUUCAAGAGUAAACCCAAACAGCAGCAAUCCAAAGGAAAGACACCCAGAGACCUGCAACGCCCCAGUGUGAUCAGAGAGCCCCACGAGAGAAAGGUGGCGGCCCUGCUCCAUGCUCUUAGCACAGUUCACAACUACAAGAGGAAGAAAGCCCACAUGGUGCAGCAUGCCAAACACAAGGAGUUCCUGCAGCAGAAGGGGAAACAGGAGGAGGCCAAGCUGAAGAGACAGAAGGAGGCACGUAAAAAACUGUACCGUGUCAUGGGCCAGAUGGACCGGAAGAAGCUCAGGUCCAGUCUGAAGGGGGCGCCACAGGAGGACUGACCCUCUGUAUCUGGACUAGUAUCUGGACUGCAGCAAACCUCUGUCUUCCCUUUAGACUCUUAUCAUGUUUUUCAUAACAUUGGCAGAUGCAUUUUUAUUGUGCUUUUUUGUGUAUGUUUUGAAAUGAAGAUUAGCUGUAAAGAAAAAUGGAUUUGACUUUUGGAGCCAAUUUUAAUGAAACAUUAAAAUAAUGACCAAAAUGUUA